AUGAACAUCGCGCCACCGGACGGCCGACCCCCCAAACGGCGACAUCUCCACCUCAACUUUAUCACCGUUCCUCUCAUCUCCGUCUUGCUUCUUCUAGCCUGUGGGGUCUUUAAUGGAAGGACUCUGCGAGAUGGUAUAGUGGGCACCAACGGCAUCGAACCGUUGAAUAUCAUGGCCCUCUUCAUCUCAUUGGCGUACAUUUCAAUAUCGCUCGACGCUACAGGGCUCCUUCGUUUCCUCGCCUUCUGGGUUGCCAGCAAGGGCGGAUCGUCGGGCCGCGUUCUGUUCUCGUACCUCUACCUCUUCUUCCUCGUCUGUGGGAUUAUUGUCGGAAACGACCCGGUCAUCCUUUCUGGAACAGCAUUUCUCGCCUAUUUCACUAGAGUCGCCGGAAUCACUCCGCCGACUGCUUGGAUCUUUUCUCAGUUCGCCGCUGCCAACAUGGCGUCCGUCGUGCUUGUCUCCUCAAAUCCGACCAACCUCGUCCUCUCCGGCGCAUUCUCUAUCUCCUUCCUCACAUAUGCCGCCCACGUUGUCCUACCUUUCCUCGCGGCCGCUUUCUGCGUCUUUCCCCUCCUCUUCGUCCUAUUCCGCACCCCAGGUUUGAUCCCCGCACGGAUCGACGUUGGACUGACUCAAGCGGAAGUCCGCGCAACCUUAAUCGACGCACGCGGCGCGAUAUUCGGAAGUGUCCUCCUCUUGGUGACGCUCGUGGUGCUUGUCGGCGUGAGCACAAUCGGCGCACCAGUGUGGAUGGUCACCGUGCCUCCGGCGGUGAUCAUGUUAAUGCGCGACGUAUGGUACGACUGGGCGAAUGCGGGGUUGCAAAAAACGAAGGAGGCACAGGAAGACUCUGUCGCGGUGGAAGCUGGAGCGGAGGACGCGCGGCCGCCCGUGGAUGGAGAUGAAGAAGUUGUUGUCGCAGGCGCUGUGGACACACAUCAGCUGGAGCUGCACGACCUGAGCUCGCGCGCGCCCACUAUCGCCGCGCCUGGAUCUCCUAUUCUCCCCUCGACCCCCGUGGAUCUCAAGCACCCUCGCUCGCGUCCACCUCUCCUAUUGUCUUCGCAGCGCUUCUUUACACACCUUCACGACACCUUCCCGACGGUGACGCACGUUCUCGAGCGCCUCCCGAUCGCGCUUCUCCCCUUCGCCUUCCUCAUGUUCAUACUUGUGCAAGGCCUGGCGUCGCAAGGUUGGGUCGCGCUUUGCGCCAAGGGCUGGGCUGCGUGGGUGCGCGCGACCGGCUCGCUCGGCGCGGUGGGCGGGAUGGGCUUCCUGGCGUGUCUGUUGUGCAACAUCUGUGGCACGAACAUCGGCGCAACGAUCCUCCUCGCGCGCGUCCUCCAGAUCUACUCUGCCUCGCUGCCCACUCCGCUCUCGACGCACGACCAGCGCGCGCUCACCGGCGCGAUCUACGCGCUCGCGCUCGGGUCGAACUUUGGGGCGUUCACGCUCACGUUCUCCGCGUCGCUCGCUGGGCUGCUCUGGCGGCACAUCCUCGUGGGGAAGGGCAUCCACGUGCGCGCGCGCGAGUUCUUGCUUACGAAUCUGCCAAUCUCGCUCGUGGCGAUGGGCGUGGGGUGUGCCGUGUUGGUGGGGGAGGUGUACGUGGAGUAUCGCUGA